GGUCAAAACCGCAGUCGCGUUAGUAAGAGGGAAAGCUAAUAUAGGGCUUCUCUCAUCUCCCGUCUCUCGCCCCUCCCCUCGCUAGGGUCGUCCCUCUCCCUCUCCCUCUCCCUCUCCCUCUAUCUCUGUAUAUAAACCGUUCGAAUCUCGGCGGCUCGCAUCGGUGCUGCGCGAGGGCGAAGGCCAUGGCGGCAGAGAGCUCGAGGUCGGGGCCCUCGGCCGACUCCUACAUUGGGAGCCUCAUUAGCUUGACCUCCAAAAGCGAAAUCAGAUACGAAGGCAUCCUCUACAACAUCAACACCGAGGAAUCCAGCAUUGGGUUGCGUGAUGUGCGAUCUUUUGGAACCGAAGGACGAAAGAAGGAUGGUCCGCAAAUUCCUGCUAGCGACAAAAUCUAUGAGUACAUACUCUUUCGUGGGAGUGAUAUCAAGGAUUUACAGGUUAAGUCUUCACCACCUGUUCAGACUGCUCCUAUACACAACGAUCCUGCUAUUAUUCAGUCACAUUACUCUCAUCCUGCAACUGCAUUGACUACUACAAGCUUGCCUCCUGUCGGAAGUGGAACUGCACCUGAUCUUGGUUCCCAUGCAGCUCAACUGGGGCUCCCAAGGCCAACUUUUCAAGGCAGCUUGCCUCAAUAUCAACCUGGGGGAAGCUUAGCAUCAUGGGGCUCCUCACCACCUUUGCCAAAUGCCAAUGGCUCUGGGAUUGCGAUGCCAAUGUAUUGGCAAGGAUAUUAUGCACCCUCAACGGGGCUUCCUCAUUUGCAACAACCACCUUUGCUUCGUCCACCACCUGGACUGCCAAUUCCUCCUUCCAUGCAACAACAAUUGCAAUAUUCUGGAAUGAAUGCAUCAUUACCAUCUGGGUCUCCAAGUUUGUCAGAGAUCCCUCCUCCUUUAUUGCCACCUGGUAGUAGCACCCUUAGUCUAACAUCAUCUAUGUUUCCAUCGACAUUGGCUCCUGCCUAUACCAGUGCAUUAGCUCCUGAAACAUUGGCAAAUCCGAUGCCAAGCAAGCCCUCCAUCACUUCUCAUCCUGCAGCACCUCUUGGUACUAAUUUGCCAUUUGUGCCCCCAUCAACUUCUAGUCUUGAGCCUGCCUCAACUCUCUCUCAGAAUAUGCCAUCCAUCAUCAGUAGGAGACCCAAGACACUUCCUAGUCCCAUUGUUGCUCUUCAAACUAUAUCCCAGGUCAUGCCCUCCGUUAUCGGCUCAUCCAGUUCGAGCCAAGUUGAAUCAUCACUACCCUUGGUAACUCCAAGUCAGCUGUUGCAGCCUGGCCUUUCCAUCCCUACUUCUUCUGAGUCAUUGCAAAUGAGCAACAACGAUGUAGAGAUUAAACCACCAGAAGCUAAGGUUAAACCAUUAUUACCUGAACCAUCUGCAUUGACUCCAGCUGAAAAUAAGGCGCCCAUAUUGCCAUUACCAAAACCAACCAAGCAGAAGCCAAAUGGAGCUGCCUUGCAGACUUAUCACAGCUCUAGGGGGCGUGGAAGAGGAAGAGGAAAUGGGUAUCCGCGCCCUGUCACCAAAUUCACCGAAGAUUUUGAUUUCACAGUAAUGAAUGAAAAAUUCAAGAAGGAUGAAGUGUGGGGCCAUCUUGGUAAAAGUAAAGCCCAGAUAAAGGACAGGGAAGGAGAAGAUGAAGCUGAUGAUACUCUGGAGGACGAUGAUCCAGAGUCCAUAAAAUUGGAGAUAAAGCCUGUUUACUGCAAGGAUGAUUUCUUUGAUUCACUCUCUUGCGACACACUCAACAAUGGUGCAAGGAAUGGGAGAACCAAGUUCUCUGAGCAGUUGAAAAUAGACACAGAGACUUUCGGUGAUUUUGCAAGGCAUCGGCCAGGUCGAGGUGGUGGACGUGGCCUUCGUGGUGGGCGUACAAGGGGUUCAUACUACGGACGAGGGUAUGGCUACGCCGGGAGGGGCCGAGGCCAUAUUUCUUCAAACCGUGCCUCUUAAGGAUGCUGCUGGCACUAGGUUACUUGCCAGUGGGAUCAAGUAGUCGAUGAUGACAGGGCUGUCUUUUAGUGUAAUCUUAGGGAGUGCUGUCCGCUUACCUGUGUGAUUGCUUUAUAAAAUAAAGAGAAGCUCAGGAGAGAACAAUUGGGGGGUUUUCAGUUAUGUGAAAAUAAAUCCCGGAUGGUAAGUGAGCUUGUUGAAGCUCCUAUGAUCACGCAGGUGGCAUGUUUGAGGCCUUGUCUUCUUAUAACUAUGAAUGUUAUAGGUUUAGAUCUGUGCUGUUUUACUUUGGUUCCCGUUUUUCAUUUUCUUGAAGAUCUGGCCAGAAGACUAUUGGUCACCAUAGUUCGCUUAUGUAGUGAACAGCUCUGAAAUGCUGCGAAAAAAUUUCUGAUUCUGAUAAAAGCUUAUUAGUGAUAUUUAAAAGUAGCA